GGAGCUUCCGCUAAUGAAGCUGCGGGUCGCUGUUUGGACUAAGAAGGAAAAAAAAACAUUUAAUCUAAAAUUAUAGGUCGGUGCUCUGUGAAGCGUUUAUUAUUUCUUCUUUAAAAUAAAAUAAAAAAUCUGGUCGAAAAUUAAGACAACAGCGCGGAACAGAAACAUUUCUAGUUACUGUACAAUGAUAAUAACAUUUGGCUAACUUGUUUUGUUAGCUUUCAGCAAAACAUCAAGUUUAUCCCGGGUUUACAAAGUCUGAAGAGCUAAACAAGGAUGUCUGACUCUGACAGUGACGAAGAUCAAGGUCGCCCGUUUUCCCUCACUGGCUUCCUCUUUGGAAACAUCAAUGAAGACGGACAGUUGGAGGAUGAUAGCGUUUUGGACAAUGAGUCCAAAAAGCAUCUCGCUGGUUUAGGAACUCUGGGUCUGGGUUCUUUAAUUACAGAGAUUACUGCAAAUGAGGGCGAGGAAAAAGAAAAUAAAGAUUCAGAAAAUGUCGAUGGGGAAGGUUGGGUGAAAAGCACUGACGACGCUGUCGAUUAUUCUGACAUCAGCGAGGUGGCAGAAGAUGAGACCAAAAAGUACCGCCAGGCUAUGGGGUCUUUGCAGCUAAGCCGGAAAACUGAUGACGACGACGACUAUGAUGCUGACUGUGAGGAUAUUGACUCUAAGCUCAUGCCUCCACCGCCGCCGCCUAGUCUUUCAUUGCCAGAGAAGGAGGAAUCCUCAAGCCAGAGCACAAACGGUAAAGAUUCAUGUACUGCGGGGGAAGACGGUGAUGGCAUCAUCCUGCCCUCCAUCAUUGCACCAUCCUCUGCUGCUGAUAAGGUGGACUUCAGCAGCUCUUCAGACUCUGAGUCAGAAACUGACAGACCUUGUCAGAUCUCUGGAUCUGGAGGCCCCCCCGACAGACUUACCCUCCCUCUUGCUGGCAUAAUGCAGAAAGAUGCAGCCAAAGCUCUGCCUGGCGUCACAGAGCUCUUUCCAGAGUUUAGGCCUGGCAAGGUUCUCAGGUUCUUAAGGCUGUUUGGUCCUGGAAAGAACAUGCCGUCAGUUUGGAGGAGUGCCCGCAGGAAGAAGAAGCGGAAACACAGGGACCCUCAGCCUGGAACACCUCCACCUGAAGGUGAGGUGUCAGAACCAGGCCUGGAGAAAAAAUCGGGAUGGAUUUAUGAGUACGCCCUCCCUCCACCCCCAGAGCAGUGCCUCUCCGAUGAUGAGAUAACUAUGAUGGCUCCAGUGGAGUCAAAGUUUUCGCAGACCAGUGGGGAUGGGGACAAGGAGACAGAGUCUCGACCUAAAGUGGCAGAAUGGAGAUAUGGUCCAGCUCAGCUCUGGUAUGACAUGCUGGGUGUACCUGAGGAUGGAAGUGGUUUCAACUAUGGGUUCAAGCUGAAAAGGCUGGAGUCCAGUGAGCCUCAGAAGCAGGAGAUCCCCAAGGAAAUCACAGAGAUUCCUCAAGAAACGGUUCAGAGACAAAAGGAAAUGAAUGACAGCGAUGGAGAGGAAGUUGAUGGAAAUGAAGAAAAACAGGCUUUAGAGAAUGAGGUCUUCUUGAUGGUCACUCAGCUUAAGUGGGAGGAUGAUAUCAUUUGGAAUGGAGAAGAUGUAAAGCACAAGGGAACCAAGACACAGAGAGCCAGUCUGGCAGGAUGGCUUCCCUCCAGCAUGACGCGCAACGCCAAUGCUUAUAAUGCACAGCAAGGUCUCACUAGAAGUAAUUCUCAGCUGGUACCACCAACGCCUCCACCCAUACCCAAAACUCCUACGAUCACAGGUGCUAAACGGGACAAAAGCAGCCUCGAUCAUCAAGCUUCUCAAGAAGAAUCCUGUUCCUGGUAUUCUAUUUUCCCCAUUGACAAUGAGGAGCUGGUGUAUGGCCGAUGGGAAGACAACAUCAUCUGGGAUGAUCAGGAGAUGGAUCACAUGCUUGCACCACCUGUUCUUACACUGGAUCCCAAUGAUGAGAAUAUUAUUCUAGAAAUUCCAGAUGAGAAAGAAGAAGCGACCUCACAUUCACCAUCAAAAGAGAAUAAGAAGGAAACUGCAAUUAAGAAGAGCCGCAUUUUAUUGGGAAAGACCGGAGUGAUCAAAGACGAGCCGCAGCAAGUAUGUUCUCACAUGAAAAAACUCAGUUUUAAUAAAACGACAGACUCAAAGAACAUGUCCCAGCCUGAAGUUAAGGAUCCCUGGAAUCUCUCCAAUGAUGAGUUUUACUACCCCAAACAGCAAGGUCUGAGAGGAACCUUUGGUGGCAAUAUCAUUCAGCAUUCAAUCCCAGCUCUAGAGCUACGGCAGCCAUUCUUCCCCACUCACAUGGGACCCAUGAAGCUUCGCCAGUUCCAUCGUCCAACACUGAAGAAGUAUUCAUUUGGAGCUUUAGCUCAGCCGGGCCCCCACGCUGUUCAGCCCCUACUCAAACACAUCAAGAAGAAGGCCAAGAUGAGAGAGCAGGAGCGGCAAGCUUCAGGAGGUGGAGACAUGUUUUUUAUGCGAACGCCACAAGACCUGACAGGCAAAGAUGGCGAUCUGAUUCUAGCAGAAUACAGUGAGGAAUACCCGCCUCUUAUCAUGCAAGUGGGCAUGGCUACAAAGAUCAAGAACUACUACAAAAGGAAACCUGGAAAAGAUCCUGGAGCGCCAGACUGUAAGUACGGAGAGACUGUGUACUGCCACACGUCCCCCUUUCUGGGCUCUUUGCACCCUGGACAAUUACUCCAGGCAUUUGAGAACAACCUUUUUCGGUCCCCGAUCUAUCUGCACAAAAUGCCAGAAACGGAUUUCUUGGUCCUACGAACCCGGCAUGGCUACUUCAUUAGAGAGCUUGUUGACAUUAUUGUAGUUGGACAGGAGUGUCCCUUGUUUGAAGUCCCAGGGCCAAACUCCAAGCGAGCCAAUACUCACAUCAGGGACUUCUUGCAGGUGUUUAUUUACCGCUUGUUCUGGAAGAGCAAGGAUCGGCCCAGAAGAAUCCGCAUGGAGGACAUAAAGAAAGCUUUUCCGUCACACUCAGAAAGCAGCAUCAGGAAACGGCUCAAGUUAUGUGCAGACUUCAAACGUACAGGUAUGGACUCCAACUGGUGGGUGUUGAAACCGGACUUCAGAUUGCCCACAGAAGAAGAAAUCCGAGCCAUGGUGUCUCCAGAGCAGUGCUGUGCUUAUUACAGCAUGCUUGUGGCAGAGCAGAGGCUAAAGGAUGCUGGAUAUGGUGAGAAAUCUUUCUUUGCCCCAGAAGAAGAGAAUGAGGAGGACUUUCAGAUGAAGAUUGACGAUGAGGUGCGGACAGCUCCUUGGAACACAACACGAGCGUUCAUUUCUGCCAUGAAGGGAAAGUGUCUGCUGGAGGUGACUGGUGUGGCAGAUCCCACAGGCUGUGGGGAGGGUUUCUCCUAUGUGAAAGUGCCCAACAAGCCCACCCAACAGAAGGAUGACAAAGAGCCUCAACCUGUCAAGAAGACGGUGACGGGGACAGAUGCAGAUCUCAGGAGGCUUUCACUUAAGAACGCCAAGCAGCUGCUUCGCAAGUUUGGAGUUCCGGAGGAAGAAAUCAAGAAGCUCUCUCGCUGGGAGGUAAUCGAUGUGGUGAGAACCAUGUCCACAGAGCAGGCGCGAUCAGGCGAAGGUCCCAUGAGCAAAUUUGCCAGAGGCUCUCGUUUCUCUGUGGCUGAACACCAGGAGCGCUACAAGGAAGAGUGCCAGAGGAUCUUUGAUCUGCAGAACAAAGUUCUGGAGUCAACAGAGGUGCUGUCCACAGACACAGACAGCAGUUCAGCAGAAGAUAGUGACUUUGAGGAGAUGGGUAAAAACAUUGAGAACAUGCUGCAGAACAAAAAGACCAGCUCCCAGCUUUCUCGGGAGAGAGAAGAGCAGGAAAGGAAGGAGCUGCAGAGGAUGCUGAUGGGAGAAGAGAGCGACAACAAAGGACGCAAGGAUAGGCGUAAAGGGUUAUCCAGUUCCUUGUCCACCAGCUCUCACAAAGAUGACGACACAUCUUCUGUCACCAGCCUAAACUCCUCAGCUACGGGACGCAGACUCAAGAUCUACCGCACAUUUAGAGACGAGGAUGGUAAAGAGUAUGUGCGCUGUGAGACUGUGAGGAAGGCUGCAGUGAUUGAUGCAUAUACCAGAAUCAGAACCACCAAAGAUGAUGAAUUCAUACGAAAGUUUGCCCUGUUUGAUGAGCAGCACAGAGAGGAGAUGAGGAAAGAGCGUCGGCGAAUUCAGGAGCAGCUCAGGAGGCUGAAGAGAAACCAAGAGAAGGACAAGAUCAAAGGUCCUCCAGAGAAAAAGGCCAAGAAAGCCAAAGAGAGACCAGACCUCAAGUUGAAGUGUGGAGCUUGUGGAGCCAUCGGCCACAUGAGGACCAACAAAUUCUGUCCGCUUUACUAUCAAACCAACGCUCCACCCUCAAAUCCUGUUGCCAUGACAGAAGAGCAGGAAGAAGAGCUGGAGAAGACGGUCAUCCAUAAUGACAAUGAGGAACUGAUCAAAGUGGAAGGAACCAAGAUUGUACUGGGAAAGCAACUCAUUGAGAGUGCUGAUGAGGUGCGCAGGAAGUCUUUGGUGCUGAAGUUUCCUAAGCAGCAGCUGCCGCAAAAGAAAAAGAGACGUGUGGGAAGUGCGGUCCACUGCGAUUACCUCAAUAAACCGCAUAAGGCGAUCCACCGCAGACGCACCGACCCCAUGGUUACUUUGUCCUCUGUGCUAGAAAGCCUCAUCAACGAUAUGCGGGAUCAUCCAAAUACAUACCCCUUCCACACACCCGUCAAUGCCAAGGUGGUGAAGGACUACUAUAAAAUCAUUACUCGGCCCAUGGAUCUGCAGACGCUCAGGGAGAACGUGCGCAAGCGGAUGUACCCGUCCAGGGAGGAGUUUCGUGAAGCUGUGGAGCUCAUUGUGAAAAACAGUGCCACGUACAACGGCGCCAAACAUCCGAUCACUCAAGUGGCGCAGUCCAUGCUGGACCUGUGCGACGCUAAACUGAAGGAGAAAGAGGACAGGCUGGUGAGGCUGGAGAAAGCCAUCAACCCUCUGCUGGAUGACGAUGAUCAAGUGGCCUUCUCCUUCAUCUUGGACAACAUUGUAACUCAGAAAAUGAUGAUUGUUCCCGAUUCCUGGCCAUUUCACCAUCCUGUCAACAAAAAGUUUGUGCCUGACUACUAUAAGGUUAUACCAAAUCCCAUGGAUCUGGAGACCAUCAGAAAGAACAUCUCCAAACACAAAUACCAGAACCGAGACGCGUUUCUUUCUGAUGUUAGUCUCAUCCACGCCAACAGCAUCAAGUAUAAUGGCCCAGACAGCCCAUACACCAAGACAGCUCUGGAUAUAAUCAGCAUCUGUAAACAGACUCUGGCAGAGUAUGAUGAGCACUUGACACAGCUGGAGAAAGACAUCUGCACUGCUAAGGAGGCAGCUCUAGACGCAGCAGAUCUCGACGGUUUCGAAUCCAUGCCUGGGCCUUACACCCCGCAGCCUGCUGAUCUGUUUGACAGUGGGGCUUCAGGGAGUCUGCCCAGAGAGCCCAGCAGCCUUUUCUCUGAGGGACCUCUAGUGGUUGCUCCAGAGAAGAGAGGGGGGCAGGGACGGCACGGCAGGAGACCUGGAGAAGAGGAGUCAGAUGUAGAUAUCGAAGGGUUUGAAGAGGAAGAUGAUGGGAAACCCAAAACUCCAGCUCCAGCAGAGGAUGCUGAAGGGGAUUUGGAAGAUGAAGAUGAUGAUGACGAGAUGCUGCUGCCUCCUCGCCGGCGAGCACACGACCAAGAUGAGGACGAAGAGGAGCGAGAGCAUAGGAGAUCAAGCCACCCGGCUCAGUCCAGCGUGCUGUAUCAAGAUCUGCUGAUGUCAGAUGGAGAGGAUGAUGCCAGCGAAGAGGAGGGCGACAAUCCUUUCUCCUCCAUUCAGCUGUCAGAGAGUGGCAGCGACUCCGACAGAGAGGUCAACGUGCGACCGCCGCCUCCACGGAGAACUCAGGAGACGGCCCGCAUGGGCAUGGAGCAGGACGAGAGCAUGAUGUCGUACGAAGGAGACGGGCCUGAUGGGCCAACUUUAGAGGACAGCAACAUCAGCUACGGCAGCUAUGAGGAGACUGAGAGUCGUAGUCAGACGCAGACAUCUACCAUGAUAAACGGUGAAGAAUACGGGAUCAGUGAAGAGGAGGAGGAUGAAGAAGAUGAAGCACGGAGAAGAGGUCCAGCUGUGCUCUCCCAGGUCCAGCUGAGUGAAGACGAGGAGAGUGAAGAGUUUAGAUCCAUCGGAGGAGACAGCGACAUGGACUCUGACAAUUAAUGUCAUGUUGUUGCUUUUUUAACUAUCCUGAAAAUUAUACCACUUUUGAAAUGAAACAUGUAAAUAUGUACAGUUGUAGUUAUUUUGUAAAUGAUGCUUUAUACAUACUUUCUAUUGCUUCCUGUUACCUUUGCAGUUCAAGCUAGUACUUUGUACUUUUCAGUUGAUACUCUAUGUAUGGAUUGAGGUGGAAUUGUUUCAUUGAUUUUCAUGAAAUAGUUAUUGUUUAUCGGCCAAUCACCUGAUAUUAGCUCACUGAUCACAAAAAUAGAGAGACAACAGUGUUCUAGAAAUAUAGUUUCAUUUUUUAAGGUUUUCUUUCUGUGGAAGUUUCUUAAAUAUGUUAAAUACAAGACUGCUCUCUUUUUGUGGAAAUCAAGUUUGGAGAUUCUCUGCUUCAGUUUUCAUUUUUACUACAAAAUAAUUCUUCAGGGUUCAAUAUUUUCAGCAGGCAAGAUAAUUAGACGUAGAAACCAGAUGUUUGUGUUUGAAAGAGUUAAUGUCUGCCUGUCUUCUCUGGCACAUGUGUUUUUGGGCUGCUGUUAGGGGCAUGCAGCAUCUGCGCAGGUCCGUUACCUUCAAAGUCCAGUGGAAAAACACCUAUAAUCAGCAAUUCAUAAAGCAAAUAAAGUUCACCAACAAAAAGUGA